GUGUAUACUACUGUGCUGAAUUUAAUAAAUACUUUAAAAAAACAAGCUAUGACCACAUGAUGAGAAGACAGGACUCAUGAAAAGGAGCCUGCUGUUGGGAAAGAUGGAAAGCAGAAGUAAAAGGGAACAACUCAGGAUGAGAUGGAUAGAUAAUGAUCUGGAGCAUAGACAGACUGAGAAAUAACGGAGGAAAGAAAAAUCUGGUAAGCUAUAAAGCCAUGGCCUCACAAAGUGUCAGACAAGACAAAAUAUAGAAUAGAUUCAUAGUUUCACAUAGUUUCACUCCUCUUUUCCCAUUCUUUGUAUAUGGAAGUGUUCGUGUUUAAGUUCUUUUAAAAGGUUAAAUAAAGUCAAAAAGAAUGUUCCUUUUGCACUGUUGACCACUGCUUCCUACUAAAUAUUUUCUGUUCCUGUGGCUUCUCAGUGUUUUUUGCUGGUCCACUAUUCACUUCCCCCUUCUUUUGGGUAUUCCUACCAUUCUGUCCUGGUUCUCCUUUUCUCUCUGCAUGAUUUCCUCUGUUCUCCUGGGUUUAAUUAUAAUUACCCAGAUAACUCAAAUCCACAUAAAAAGCCCUAAUCUCCUGAAAGCCAGUCUCAAAUAAUCAACUUUUGGCUAGAAGUCUCCUAAAUAUCCUAUAGGAAUCUCAAAUUCAACAAUACAUCCAAAGAAAUUUCAACAUUUUCAGCUCUCUACACCUACCCUGUUCCAGAUUUUUCUGUUUUAAUUGAGGGUACCACCAAUCAGUCAAGCUCUUCUUAAGUGCUUUCUGUGUGCUAGACACCAUCUUUCCAAUCAUCAAAGUUUAUAACUUUCAAGUCAUUUUCAGUUUUUCCUUAUAGCCCUUAACCUCCAUAUUCAAUGAGUUGCCAAGUUUUGCUGAUUUUUACUUCAUGAAAUCACUCAAGUCCAUUCUUUCUCCAUUCACACUUCCAGGGUAAGACUUGUGCCAUUUCUAUAGCCUCUUAAUUGAUUCACUUGCUUCCACUUCCUCCCAUUCCAAUCCAUUUCAAACAACUGUCAAAACAAUCUUCCUAAGAUGUAGAUCUGACCUUGUCAUUGAACACUGACUUAGGAAUCAAGGACCUGGAUUUGAAUUUCUGUUCUAAAUUUGAACAAAUCACUUUACUCUUCUAGGUUUCAAUCUUGUCAUCAAAAAAAUGAGAAGACUGGACUAGAUUCUAUAUAUUUGUGUUUUUUUUUUAAUUUAACCCUUACUUUCUAGCUUAGUAAUAACUCCAAGCCAGAAGGGCAAGGGCUAGGCAGAGUUAAGUGAUUCCUCCAAGGUCACACAACUAAUAAGUGACUGAGGUCAUAUUUGAAACCAAGACCUUCAGACUCCAACCCUGGUGCACUAUUAAUUGUGCUAUCUAGCUAUCUCAAAGAUAUGUAUUUCUAAGGACUUUUCCAGCUCCAGUAAUCUGGAUCUGGAAAGGCUUCAUAGAGAGAGUGGCAUUUUGAACUGAGUCUUCAAAGGGGCUAUCAAGAAUCUGAGAUAAACAUCAAGGCCAUAAUCAUUCCAACAACAAACAGAAGGAUGCCCUGGCAUCUAUCCUGGGACACAAAAGGCAGAGAUCAAGAUUGGCCUCAGAAGAUGGCUGGCUUUCUUUUCUGCAAAGUCAGGAGGACCAUGUGCUCAGUCUGGUAAAAUAUAAGUAAAAGUAUGCAGGUAAAUGUUUAACAGACUUUCUGACCAGGAAGAGGGGCACCUGGGUGGCACAGUGGAUAGUGUGCCAGGUCUGGAGUCAGGAAGACUCAUCUCCCUGAAUUCAAAUCUAGCCUCAGAUAUUACUAGCUAUGUGACCCCAGGCAAGUCACUUAACCCUAUUUGCCUCAGUUUCCUCAUCUGUAAAAUGAGAUGAAGAAGGAAAUGGCAAACCAUUCCAGUAGCUUUUGCAAAGAAAAGUCACAGAGUUGGAAAUGAUUUAACAACACAACUGAGGAGGGGGAAAAAUGUGAGCACCACUCACUUUUAAGUUCAUCCUUCAUUUCUUUUCUAGACAACCAACUAAACAAUAAAUCAAGCCCUGGUUUGUAGCAUCUGCAAAUUUCCCAAGUAAAAAUGAUCCCACUGGCAAUUUAAAAAUCAGUUUGCACUGGCUCCAAGCUGAGUUUUUAAAAUAGAUCUUUCUAUCUGUGGUGCCUAAUCCAGCAUCUUGCCUUUGGUUUGUUUUCCAGUCCAGACAUGUAACCUUAUCCAUAUGGGGAAUAUAGGUUUAGAGGUCGAGUGAUUUUGCCCAAAUUCCAGUCAUUUGGAAAUGACAGGAGUAGCUAGAUAUUUCCGACGGCUCUAAACUCAUUAACCACUCAGCUGAGGUUCCUUACGUAACUUGCUCAGGGAAUUGUUUAAAUGAAUUUAAUCCAAUCCUCCAGCACGAAUAGCACCACCUCCCGCUCCGAAGGAGGGAUGGGGUCCGACCUCGCCCAAAGCGGUUGCAGAUACAACCUCGUUUAUCUCCUCUAGCUCUUAGAGGAAACAGCCCCUUUCCCCUCCAGGUCGGCUUCCCGGUUUAGCCGCGAGGAGGGUCACGUGCGGAAGGCGGGGCCAGGGGAGGUGGGGCGGGUGGCCUUUGGGGCGGUGCCCGAGCCUCGGCCUCCCCGCGGACCCGGCAUAAGAAGCCGGGGGUCUGGAAGGCGAGGUAGGGCUUGACCAUGGCGCUCCGGGUGUUCUGUCCCCGCGUGAUGUCGCCGUCGGCGCUGCUGCUGCUGUUGCCCUUGCUCCUGCUCGCCGGGGUCCCGCUGGCCGCUGCCGCCACGCGCCCGGCUCUGUGGCCCUUGCCAGUGUCGGUGCAGCAGACCCCGAAUCUGCUAUAUCUCUCCCCCGUCAGCUUCGAGAUCACUCAUGGCCUCGACUCUUCCGCAGGCCCCGAUUGCUUUCUCCUACAGGACGCGUUCCGUCGCUACCAUCAGUACGUUUUCGGCUAUUCCGAGAAUCCAGAUGUUUCCCGCAUGUCUUCUUCUGUGGGGACGGAGAUACAAAAACUUCUUGUCGUAAUUACCUCUGACUCAGAGUGUAAUGCUUACCCUAACAUCACCUCCGAUGAGUCUUAUAAAUUGGUUGUUCAGGCGUCUGUGGCAGUGCUAGAAGCUCGGAAGGUUUGGGGUGCUUUACGUGGUCUGGAGACUUUCAGUCAGCUAGUUUACAGAGAUUCUUAUGGGGCUUAUGUGAUCAAUGAGACAGAAGUGACUGACUUUCCAAGAUUUCCUUUUAGAGGAAUUUUAAUUGACACAUCCAGACACUACCUGCCACUGAAGACUAUUCUUAUGACUCUGGAUGCCAUGGCAUUUAAUAAAUUUAAUGUUCUGCACUGGCAUAUAGUGGAUGACAAUUCCUUCCCAUAUCAGAGUAUGGCUUUUCCAGAGUUAAGCGGCAAGGGAGCCUUUUCUCAUGCCCAUGUUUAUACCCAUACUGAUAUCAGACAUGUGCUUGACUAUGCUCGAUUACGAGGAAUCAGAGUUAUCCCAGAAUUUGAUUCUCCAGGCCAUACAAAUGCUUGGGGAAAAGGUCAGGAAAACCUUUUGACAGCUUGUUAUGCUGGAUCACAGAAGACUGGUUUUUUCGGACCUGUGAAUCCAAUUUUGAAUACAACCUAUGAUUUCCUAUCCACAUUUUUCAAAGAAGUUAGCCAAGUAUUUCCAGAUAACUACAUCCAUUUAGGAGGAGAUGAAGUAGACUUCUCUUGUUGGAAAUCAAACCCAGAUGUGACAAAAUUCAUGGAAGAACAAGGCUUUGGUCAAUCAUAUGAGAAACUUGAAUCUUACUAUAUUCAGAAACUCGUAGACAUUGUUUCAUCUACAAACAAAGGAAACCUGGUCUGGCAAGAAGUUUUUGACAACAAAGUAAAGCUUAAUCCACAAACCACUAUUGUUGAAGUGUGGAAAGGUUCCUAUUAUGAAAAAGAGCUGUCCGAUGUUACAGCAGCUGGGUUUGCAACAGUCCUUUUAUCCCCUUGGUACCUGGACUAUAUCAGCUAUGGACAAGACUGGCGGAGAUACUAUUAUGUGGAGCCCCUUCAGUUUAGUGGGACUUCCACUCAGAAAGAACUCGUCCUCGGAGGAACAGCUGCCCUGUGGGGGGAGUACGUAGAUGCCACGAACCUCAUGCCCAGACUCUGGCCUCGAGCUAGUGCUGUAGGUGAGCGGCUUUGGAGCAGCAAACACGUCAGAGAUGAGAACGACGCUUACAACAGACUGACUGAACAUCGCUGCCGUAUGGUCAGACGUGGAAUACCAGCAGAACCUCUUUAUGUCGGAUAUUGCGAACUGUGAAGUGCCCAAAAGGAACAAAAUAGAAAACAAACCUUCAUAGCUUAUAUUUGCACUUUGAUCAACUUAAUUAGCAAUAUGUAAAUUAAAAUUUGAACUAUGAAUUUUUGCAAAUAAAAUCUUUGGUAAAAUA